GAACUCAAUCGGAAAAUACAAUUAUUUGGGCCUUACCGAGUUGAAAAGGAAAAAGUCCAUGUAAAAUUCAAAAGAGCCGAUAAAAUGUCUCGACGCCGAUUGGAUUUUUCCCUUUAUCCGGCAGGAAAGGCCUCGACCCGGGACCCAAGUGGCGUGGAGCCCCUGGGAAGUGAUGAGGAUUACUCCCCGGAUGCCCUGGCCCGCCAGAACUACGAGCUGCGCAGUCGCCUGGAGGAGGAGUCCAACAAUUACAAACGUCGUUUGAGCACCUAUCGUCAGGCCCAGCAGCACCAGGCAGCCCUGGUCUCCCGUCUACAGGCAAAAGUCCUCCAGUACAAGCAACGGUGCUCUGAGCUCGAGAGCCAAAUGAUAGAGUCCCUCCCACUGAUGGAAACCACAAGAAUUCCCACAGUUUCAUCCAGCAGUACUUCCGCCCUGGAGGCAGCACACCAGACCCUCCGGGACAUUCGCGAGGAGCAGAUCCUGGACCUCGACACUGCCCUGCGAAAGCUCUCAGAGGAGCGCAGAAGAUCCGAGAAACUCAUCGAGCUGAAUGCAGCAUUGAAGAAUCAACUGGAGGAGUCAGUGAGAACGAAUGAGGCACUCACCAAUGAUCUCCAGAAGCUGGGGAACGACUGGGAGGUACUCCGUGAGGAGAUGAACAUCAAGGAGGACGAGUGGAAGGAGGAGGAGCUGGCGUUCAACGAGUACUACACCUCGGAGCACCACCGACUCCUCAAUCUCUGGCGUGAUGUUGUCGCCCUCAAACGCGUAUUCUCGGACAUGAAGUCCUCCACCGAGAGGGAUCUCACGAAAUUUCAGCACAAAUUGACAGCCGCCACCAAUGACAUGACAUCAGCCUGCAGUGGAGUGAAACUAGCGAUUCAGGUUCAGGCCUCUGCCACUCAGCCUCAGUUUCAGGGCUGCCAGGAGACGUCUGACAUUAAAUCGGAGAUGACAGCCUUGAGGAAUCAGCACGAGGUGGUGGUGAACGACGUCAGGAUGAAGGACGAGAGGAUCAAUCAAUUGAUACGAGAGAUUCACAAUCUUGAGGAGAGAUGUGGCGAGGCUGAGGCGAGUGUGGGACAGGCUGGAAGGAUUCAGGAGGAGAUGGAGAUCCUGGAGGCUGCCCUUAGGGACAUUGCUCAUGCUGUCAUCCAGGAUGCUGAGAGCAGAGAGGCUGAGAAUACCCAGGGACAGCAUGUACAUCUCUCCCAGAGUGCACCGAUACCUCAAAAGUCACCGAAGAGAUCCAAUCGCAGCAAUACUGUUCCAGCAUUUGCUGAGAGCACCAUCAGCGCUGUUCAAGCAUCUCUCCACAAGUAUCAAUUGGCAAUUCACGAGCUCCAGGUGAAGCUGCAGACCAGCCGGGAGCAGUUGGCACUCACCAAGAAGCAGGCUGACUCCGCUGAGGAGAGUGUCACAAUUCUCGAGGACAGGAGCACUGAGUUGAUCGUACAGUUGGAUAACUCCAGGGUCCAGUGUGCGCAGCUCAUUCAGGAGAGGGAUAUGCUGCAGAAGAGUCUGGAUCAGGCACGAGGGGACAAGAAUAAUUUAGAGAAGAGUAGAAUUGAGAUGAGUCACACCAUCGAGGAGCUCAAUAAUGACUACGAGAAACUCCAGAAGAUGAAUAAUAAAUUGCAGAAGUGCUGUGACAGCCUCGAGGAUGACAAACUCUACCUGCAGAGUGAACUGGAUAGGAUGGGUAAAGACAGUGAGAUCAGGGAGAUGAGUUUCAGGGCGGAGGAGGAGCGCUGCAGCAGAAUGAGGGAGGAGUUGUUGACUGUUAGGGAGGAAUUGAACAGAAUCUAUUUGUCCAGGGAUAUGCUGGAGCAGCAGAAACUCGAGGGUGAUAAUCUUCUGACGGUCAUCGAGAAGAACAAGGGUGAUGUUGAGCUAGAGCUGGAGAAAGUACUCCUGGAGAAGACUGAUCUGCACGAUGAGUUGAUGAAGAUGGAGGCGAUAUGUGGUAAUCACGAGAAGGACAAACAGAGGCUUGCUGAAGAAAUUAGGAGACUCGAGGAGGACAGGUCAAAGCUGAUUAAUCAGUGCAGCGAUCAGGCUGGUGAUCUCGGCUCUCUCAGGAAGGAGCUACUCCAGGCUGAACAGGCGAGACUGGAUUUGGAGUCUGACAAGGUGACGUUGCAUGAGAAGAUCAAGUUCCUGGAGAUUGAAAAGGAGAAAGUAGAGAUUGAGUUGGGACAGGUGACGAGGGAGAGGGGAGACUUGUCGAAUCAGUUGUCGAUGUUGGCGAGGAAGAAGGAGUCGUUGAAUGAGGAGCUCAUGAGGAUCAGGCAGAGACUGGAGCAGGCGAAUGAGAUGAAUGCCAGGUUGAACAGAAAUCUUGAAGAGUUGGUGAAAGAUAAUGAGGAGAAGCAGGUGCUCCUGGAGACGAAUGAGAAGGAAUUCCAGAGGAUGCAGGAGCUACUAGCGUCUAUGAGGACUGAGAAGGAGACGUUGGAGGGAGUUCUAUUUGAUACUCAGACUAAUCUCGAGGCAACGCACGCCAAAAAGAUUCAGCUGGAGAAGGAUCAGCAGGAGUUGUUGGUCAAGCAGGAGAGCCUCAAGGGACAGAUUGCGAGACUGAUGAAAGACCUGGAGAACAGUGAGAAAAGGGGACAGGAAAUUAAGCACAAUUUGACGCAGCAGAGGGGGAAUCAGGAGGCAGAGUUCCAGGGGAUAAUUGCGAAUCUCAAGAAGAACAGUGAAGACACUUGCAAAAAGCUCAACGAGGAGAAGGAGCAGGUGAGAUUAUCACUGGAGAAACGCCUCCAGCAGACGAUAACGUCCCUCGAGUCCCAGAAGGAGGAGGAGGUCAAUCAGCUCCAGAUGAGGAUCGACGAGCUCCAGCAGCACAUCGAUAAUCUCUGCCAGCAGCACGAGGAGGCCCUCCUCAGGGCUGAAAAUGACAAGCAACAGUCUCUCCUCAUUGCCCAUCACGAUCAGCAGGCGCUCAUGGAGAAGCUGGAGAAUCUCUAUCGAGAGCUCGAGGAGGAGAGAAAUACUCUGGAGCGUCUGCGAAGAGAGGCGAAUUCCAGAGCUGAACAGGACAGAAACAACAUCAAUCAAUUGAGGGACGAGUUGAACAGAUUGAGGACAAAACUGGAGGAGACAAAACUCCAGGAUGACGAGGAGAGGAUGCGACUGGAGCUUAAGAUCGAGGAUAUCGGGAAAGAGAGGGAGACGGUGCAGAAGGAGUGCGAAGAACUGAGAGUGCAGCUUCACGUUGCUGAGGACAAGGUCGACACUCUCCAGAAUCACCUCCAGGAGACGACGAGAAAGCUCAAGGACGCUGAGAAUACCAUCGAGACAGUCAGGAAGGAACUCGUUGACGUCAGGAGACAAUUGACAGAUUCUAAUUACGCGAUAGAGAAAUAUGGUAACACCAAUAAAGAUCUCCGGGAUCACGUGAAGAGGAUCGAGGGUGAUAAGCGAGAGCAGGCGAGAAGUCUGGAGGAAGCACACCAGAAGAUCGCCAGUCUUGAGGACACCAGGACGAAUCUAGAGGCGGAGAAGAAUCGAGUGCAGUUGCAGAUGAGAGAUAUGGAGCACGAGUUGAUACAGAUUCAGCAGCAGUUGCGGUUCACCCAGGACGAGCUCCAGAAGAGUCAGUCAGCGAAUUCCCAGGCGCAGACUGAGGAGCGCGAGCUCCAGGCGCGACUUGCCAACGAGACUGAGGAGCGUGAGAGGCUUCAGCUGCAGCUUCAUCAGUUGAAGAAACAAGUUGUGGAUCUGGAUAACAGUCUGGAGGUGACGAGAACAGAGUUGGGUAGAUUGAGGGCGCGAGGUGAUGAGGAGGACGAGAGGUGGAGGGGAAGGGAGCAAGAGCUGCUGAUGAGACUGGAGGACAGCCGGUGCAGGGAGAGAAAAUUGGAGGACCAGAAGCAUAAUCUUGAGGUUUGUCUUGCUGAUGCUUCGCAGCAGUUGCAGGAGCUCAAGGCGAGAUUGGGGGGAUCCGAGGGGAGAGUUCGUGCACUUGAUGGUCAGCUGACGCAGUUGGAGGCGGCGAAGAAGGAGGUGGAGCAGAAGCUGAGCAGCGUCGGCUCGACCCUGAGGAGAAUCGCUGGAAUUCAGCUGGAUGGAACUGUAAGUAUGCCAUUUAAACUGAUGAGUCCCUCGAGGAGGUGGAGUCCUGUUCGUUCCCAUCAGGAGCACGACGGCAAGUGUGAUGUUAUCCUCGAUGUUGACCCUGAGGCUGUGAGGAAGGGUGUGAGAGCCCUGAUGCAGCAGGUGGCGCAAAUCGAGAGGGAGAGGGACGAUUGCAGAAUUGAACUGACUAGUGUGAAGAAACAAUUGGGUGAGGCAUCAGAUCACCAGAACAAGAGUGACUCCAAAAUGAAUAAUUUGAGUGCAUCAGUGAGAAAUCUUCAGGACGAGAAGGCAGCACUCGAGGCUAAAUUGUCCCAGAAACAGACGGCGUAUCAGGCGCAGCACGAGGCACUGCACUGCAAGAGUCACGAGGUCGAGUCACUUCGGGAAAAAGUCACAGCUCUGGAGCUGGCCAUCUCCAGUGAGUCAGAUGAGAAGGGCCAGUGCGAGGAAAAGCUCGAUAAGAUGAGGCAAACACUGAACAGACUGGAGAACGAGAAACGAGGACUCCAGGAGGAUCUGGGAAGAUCUGAGGCUAGAGCCACUAAAUUGGAGCUCCAGAGGAUGUCCCUCGAGGGAGAUCUUCAACGUCUCCAGAUGGUGCUUCAGGAGAAGGAUGGAAAUCUCCAGAAAUUGCAAGAUCGUCUCGAUGUCCAGAUGCGUACCUCCACUGGAUUGGAGGAACGAUGUGCCUCUCUCAAGUCCACGAUUGAACAGCUGAAUCUUGCGUUGGAGAGAGCUGCUGCAUCAGAGAAUGAAUUGAAAAAUGAGAUUGGAGUUCUGAGGAGAUCUAGUAUGGAGCACAAUGCAAUUAAUCACAGCAAUAAUGAGAAGCUCAAGCAGCUGCAGAAGCAGUUGGCAACAGCUGAGAAUGAGCGAAGAGUUGUCCAGGAGCGAUUGGAUGCUGCACAGCAGACAAUGAUGGAGCUCAAGCACAAUAAUCAAUCGGUGAUGGAUCAGAACUCGAGGUUGCAGAAUGAUCUGGCAAACAACGAGGUGCAGAGAUCUGGGCUGGAGUCACAGCUGAGGCUUGCCAGCUGGCCCCAGGAGGGCUCCAAUAAAGACGAAGAGGUCGUCAGGCAGUUGCAGAUUGCCCAGAGGGACAGAAGUGAGAUGAGAGGAAAAGUCGAUGCUCUCAACGAUAAAGUCAGGACUCUGGAAGCUGACAAGAGAAAUCUGGAGAGGCAGUUGCAGUCAGUCAGGGCCAGCGGAAGUCGCAGCAAGAGUUACGAGCGUCCUGAGAAGGCUCACCUGGAGCUGGCUGGAUCGAGCAUCAGUAUGGAGAUCUUCGAGCAGGAGAAUCGUGAGCUGAGGAUGAAAAUCAGGCGACUUGAGGCGCAAUUAGCUGAAAAAGAAGCUGAAGUUAUGAAAUGCAAGACUCUUCAUUCACACACCCAUUCACACUCGGCUCUGGACUCGGGGAGGGACAGGAUGGCUGAGAUCGAGAGGCUCAGGGCAGCUCAGCUACAGGCUGAGAAACUCCUCGAGGGCAGGGAGCAGAGCCAUCGACAGCAAGUGUCCAGACUUGAGAGCCAGAUUCAGCUGUUGAGGGAGCAGUUGAAUCAGGAGAUAAAGAGACGACAGCUUUAUGUUUUGAGGAGCUCAAGGGCUGGCAGGGAAAUGCAGCAUCUCAGGCAGGCACUUGGGGAUUCACUGAGGACUGUUGCCCAGGAUCCAUCUCUCGAUGCUAUUCUCCUGGAGCAUGAGGCCAGGAAACUUGAUACUACUGUCACCAGUACCACUAGUCUACCACCAUCUCUGGCACUUCCUCCACCUCCAUCGUCUUAUGAUCGAAGAUCUCCUCUUCCUUGAAAGGGCCGUUAACUCGGUCUGUCAGCGACGUUUUGGACUAAUUUUGGAGGUUUUUAUAACGAUCUUUCCGGAGUUUUUUUUAAAUUUACACUUUUUUAUGGGGAAUAUCGACAUCGCAGUGCAAAUUCAUACGAAAUAGUCAUUAAUGUCAUUUUUUUGUAGGUUGUAAGGAUCCAGUCAUUUUUUUUAAUGUUA